GUCAUAUUUUGAAGUUGUUUAAUGUCAUAUAUAUUUUUAUUGGUAUUAUUCCUUUCGAUUUUGAACAUUUUUGUAAUGAGAAAUUAGAUGGAAUGACGAAAUCCACUGAAGAGAACUGUCGAGAUAAAAACGAAAAUGAAGAAAUAAUUUCAAACGGUAAUUUAAUAAAACCAGAUAAAAACGGUGACAAUAUGAAGGAUCUAAACCCUCUAGACUUCAAUUCCGCUGAUGACGUCAGGCAGACAUUGAAAGCCGUUUUUACAAAUAAAUUGCCGAACUUUGAUGAAAAUGCUGAAGAUUACAUUGGACUUAAAAAUGAUUGUGAUAAUGACGUAGUAACAAAUAGAAAUCGAAAAAGUCCUACGUUGACGAUUAAAACAGACGAUUGCAAAUUAAAUAACAAUGAUAAAUAUUUGCAAACAGACAAAUCAAAAGAAUUGCCUUCGUCAAAUGAAGGAAAAGGCAAGAAGAGACGAGGAAGACCGCUUAAGACAGAACCCUCAAAGAAAAUAAAAAGACAAAGCAUUUCGGCGAUGUACAUUGGCAAAUUGUCAAACCUCGUGUUUUCGAAACGUGAUAACGAAAGUGAUUCUGAUUUCGAUUCUGCUAUAUUUUAAUUCCUAUAAAUAAAAUAAUGCCUCUCUCAGAUAUAUCCUUUA